AUCCUUGUGUGACUAGGAUUGCCAUCGAAAAACGUCAGGGUUGGAAUGCCGCGCAUCUGACGUGUGCCACUUAUCAUUUGGGUAUAUAUAAGCACGCGGGUAGCGUUCAGGCUUGUUAUUCAUCUUGUGCACAGAUCACGCUCUUUGCUCCUGGAAGAGAAGAAAGCACGAUAUACGUGAGAGCGCAGCCCAAAGGCAGUAGUGGAGCACCGCAGCGUGCGAGCCAACGCAGGCAUGGCGACGGCGGAGGCAGACGUCGGCGCCCCCGCGAGCGUGACCGCGCCGAUGAUGCUGCACGGGCGCGUGGCGAUCGUCACGGGCGGCGCCGGCGGGAUCGGCUCGGCCGUGUCGCGGCACCUGGCGUCCCUCGGCGCGCGCGUGGCCGUCGCCUACGUCGGGGACCCGGCGCCGGCGCGGGACCUCGUGGCCGGCAUCAACGCCGCCGCGCACGGAGCCGACCAUGAUCCGCGCGCCGUGGCGGUGGAGGCGGACGUGUCGGACGCGGCGCAGGUGCGGGCGCUGUUCGACGCGGCGGCGGCGGCGUUCGGCGGGGAGCUGCACGUGCUGGUGACGGCGGCGGCGGUGAUGGACACCUCCUACCCGCCGCUGGCGGACACGAGCGAGGCGACCUACGACGCGGCCUUCGGCACCAACGCGCGGGGCACCUUCCUGUGCCUCCGCGAGGCGGCGCGCCGGCUGGCCCGCGACGGCCGCGGCCGGAUCGUCACCUUCUCGUCGUCCGGGGUCGGGUCGCUGCGGCCGGGCUACGCGGCGUACGCGGCCAGCAAGGCGGCCGUGGAGACCAUGACGAGGAUCCUGGCGCGGGAGCUGCGGGGCACCGGGAUCACCGCCAACGCCGUGGCCCCCGGGUCCACGGCCACGCCCAUGUUCUACGGCGGCAAGACGGACGAGGAGGCGGAGCGGUACAUCGCGGAGGCGCCGCUGGGGAGGCUGGGGAUGCCCGAAGACAUCGCCCCGCUCGUGGGCUUCCUCGCCAGCGACGCCGGCGGGUGGGUCAACGCCCAGGUCCUGCGCUGCAACGGCGGCACCAUCUGACAUGAUCAGUGUUCGAGUGUUUCGUUGGCUUCGCAGCAGUGCUCUUUUUUCUCUCGCUGUUGGAACUGUGUAUGUGUGUGUUUUGGUGCGUUAUCCGUGUUGUUGCGGUGGACUUUCUUGUGGAAUUAUGGUUGCUAUCAUGACACAGAGCAUCUCCGGCCG